ACCUUCGCAAAGUGUCACUCGAACUGGCAGUCCAGCCACAGCAUAGAAGAAUCCAACUCACAUUCAGCUGAACAUGAGAAGGGUGUUGUACCCAGAUGCAGACUUCUAGGUGGAUUCGAUAGGACAAAUGAUGUCAAAUUAUUCGGACGAAAAUUUGCAAGCGAAUGUGACAGAGCAAGAUAUGGCUGCCACGUUUGAUCUAUCAUUGGCUUUCGUUCUGAUAUCUAUUUUUGUGGUGAUUGGCAAUAACUUUCUAGAUUUGGUAUGUGAUGGAACAUUUUGAGCGUAUCAUUUCUUAACGUGGAAAAUUCUCCGACUUUAGACCCCAAAUCUUGAACGGUAGUGCUGUCGAAGAUCAAUAGCCUCAAAAUCAAGAGAAAACGGCUCACAAAAUAAGCUAGGUGCGUACCACAAGCUUGCCAUGUAUUGAAUGCCGUUGAAACUUGCGUUUAUCUGUUGGAGCAUGCAUCGUGGGAUAUUGAGAGUCUGGUGGAUGCGAUUGUAUCCUGAUAAGCAACCCUGAAUAAUCCUUCUCACCCAUGUUGCCGAUGUGCAGGUUCAAUACUUUCAUGCAGGCAAGAUUCACCAUGCUAUAUGUACGACAGCACUAUAGGCCAGGAACGCUUUGACUUGGCCAAUCUCUUCUCAAGUCGCAACAGAAGCGACGUCCAGGAUCCAAAAUGCAUGAGCAUCUCUCCCUAUCGGCACUCAGAAUUGUAGAUGCUCUCUGUUGGUUGGACCUAGAUCUCUAUCAAGUGAUAGAUCUUCUCAAGGAUAGCUUUUAGUAUUGAUCGGCCUCAGCUCAACACUACGACAUGCCUUUCGGACAUUGACCGGACCGGAACCUCUGCAUCUCGCUGAGAUUCUGAGCGAUAUUCUAGGAAUUAAAGUGGAAAUUGUAGAGGGAUAUCUUCAAGGAUUCAGGGUGUUCGGCCAAAGGCCUUCAAAGAUGUCGAGAUUUUUUGAGGAUGUCGAUUGACUAGGGUCAAAAUCCACGUUCGUGCUUUCACCUCUUGCACUCAAUUCUAGACGUGGUGCUUCGAUCAACCUUCAUGAAACCUUCCCGUUUAGCCUGAAGGUUGACCCUGUGUCUGUUCAGAGCUGGCAUCCGAAAACGGUGAGUUAUCGGCGUCGCUUCCGUGAACAUGUAUAUUAUGUGUUUGUCUUCGUUCAUGUGUCUACCCGUUUCUCUUCUCUUAUCGUCGUGCAAACCGCUUUCUUUACUUGAGCUACUUUACUUCCACUCUUUUAACUAUGGGUGUCCUUAGCUAUUUCAAGAUUUCGAAAGGCGAAAAGUCUGAAUCAAGCAAAGAGAAAUCUCCAGCUGGCCCAAAUUCUGUCGUUGAAAAUGAUUCACCUCGUCAUGGCUUUUCCGAGCCAUCACCAACUGCCUCGAGUAGGGUUAGCUUGUACAGCAACAAUCGUUUAGAUGAUAUCAGACAUCAAGUUAUUCUAAAUUAUCUUUGGCAGAAACAAAGAGGUUUGAUGUGGAUUAUGGAUAAUUCAGGACAACAUGAGGGUGUUAUGGUACGCAAAGAUAGGACAGAAUAUCUCUGUCGUCCUCCAGCCUUAGCUAGCUCCACCUUUGGUAGAGCUAUGAAGAUCAUGAACGUUUCAGUAAGUGCCCCUCUCUAGCCUUAACCUUAAAUUUAGCAAGAAGAUAUGACGCUAAUGUGGACCAUAGGCUGCUAUGACCAUCAACUCCACCGUUGUUCAACCAUUUCUCACAAGAUCGCCUGACGCUCUUGAUGUUCCUCUUACAAACGGCCUUAGGGUUCAAAUUCUACCAACGCUCGAAGACCUUCCUCGUGCUCGCAGAGCUCACUACGCUGCUUUCAUUGCUAGAGAGGCCCUCCUUGUCGUUUGGGAAGAUGACCCAACACUCCUUUUUGAUAGAGCCAAAGCAAUCGAGGAUGGUUUACUGCAAACUAUCUGGAGUGCCACUGACAAUGAAAAGAUUGAAACUCUACCUCGAGCUCAUGUCACUGAGGUUGAUGAAGAGUCGGGACAACCUGUCGAAGACAGACCGAUUAUGUAUCUCAAUUCAUUCAUGGUCGCGUGCUCGAUCUGUAUUCUGGUGUGUAUUAUGGGUCUUGGGUAUGCCCAGCUUGCGCUAGAGGUUGUCGUCUUGAAACAUUGGAUAUCCCUUUGCUACCUGGUCAUGACCCCAAUAUACUGCUUCUUCACACUGGUAUGUCAUCGGCAAUAUUAAAUACCAUCUCUAUGGCUACUAACUUUAAGUAGUUCUUCACAAGCGUGGUAAUUGGUGUUCUCAUGCAAUGUUUCGGUCCAAUCCAGCAGCUUUCCAGGAACACGAAGUUCUUCUCUGCAAAAGCUCCACCUCGUCUUCUUACUACGACACUACCACAUGUUACCAUUCAAUGUCCUGUGUAUAAAGAAGGUUUAGCUGCCGUUAUUGCUCCAACAAUCUCCUCAAUCAAGAAAGCGAUCUCUACCUACGAAUUGCAAGGCGGGUCCGCAAAUAUCUUCAUCAAUGACGACGGUCUCCAGCUUCUUGAUGAAGCCAGUCGACAACAAAGAAUCGACUUUUACGCUGAUCAUGGCAUUGGCUGGACCGCCCGUCCUCCCAACGGUCAAAAUGGUUACACGCGCAAAGGAAAAUUUAAGAAAGCCUCGAACAUGAACUAUGGACUUGCGCUAUCCAAUGCUAUCGAAGAGAAACUUCAAGCUAUUGAGAGACCCGCUACUUGGACCCAAGUUGACGAAGUUGCUGCUUUUGAAUCUUGUCUUGCGGAAGUUCUUGACGAGAAUCCUGAAGCGUGGGCCGAAGGAAACAUCAGGGUUGGUGAUUAUAUUCUUAUCAUCGAUUCGGACACUCAGGUUCCAGAAGACUGUUUACUUGAUGCUGCCAGCGAAAUGGAACAAUCUCCAGAUGUAGGCAUUAUUCAGUUCUCUUCUGCCGUCAUGCAAGUAUCGCACAACUUUUUUGAGAAUGGCAUUACCUUUUUUACCAACCUUAUCUAUUCUGCUAUUCGUUAUGGUGUUGCAAAUGGUGGUGUGGCAGCAUUCGUAGGACACAAUGCAAUUCUUCGAUGGUCUGCUAUCCAGGAGAUCGCUUUCGAGGAUGAAGAUGGUCAUGAACGGUUCUGGUCCGAGUCCUGCGUCUCAGAGGACUUUGAUAUGGCUCUCCGAUUACAACUUAAGCACUAUACAAUUCGCAUGGCUGCAUGGGCGGGCGAUGGAUUCAAAGAAGGCGUGUCCCUCACCGUGUACGAUGAAUUGACCCGCUGGCAAAAAUACGGUAAGAUAACCCAUUCUCUACGAUCGUGGCUCCUGCUAACCAUCAAAUAGCUUACGGCUGUAACGAACUUAUGUUUAACCCCAUCAGAACCUGGCUAUGGAAAUCUCCAUUCACACCUCUCUUUCGCAGAUUCAUCUGUUCGGGUAUCGAUAUCGGUUCGAAAGUUCAAAUCGUCGCGUAUAUUGGUACAUACUAUGCUUUAGGCAGUGCGUGGAUAAUCUGCGUUGCAAACUAUAUAUUCGUUGGUCUCUGGAACGGAUAUCUCGAUCGUGCCUAUGUCGGUUCAUGGCAGAAUUGGCUCGCUAUUACCGUAGUGUUUACUGGAGCUGGUAAUGUGGGUCUUGCGGUACAACGUCAUCGAUCUGGCGAAAAGUCUUUCCUUCCUGCUAGUAAGUUUUUACUCCCUUCACAUUCUCUCCACUCUUACAACCAUCUCUCGCAUUUAUUCCACUACCGCAUUCAAACUAACCAUUCUCCCCCAGUCCUCGAAAAUCUAAAAUGGUGCUUCAUGUUCAUGAUAUUCUUCGGCGGCGUCUCCCUACACAUGUCCCAAGCACUUCUGUGCCACAUGUUUGAAAUAAACAUGUCAUGGGGCGCCACAUCCAAAGAAGUAGAAUUUUCCAAUUUCUUCCUCGAAGUGCCCAAGAUUCUCCGAACUUUCAAGUACACAUACGCCAUGUGUAUUUUCGGCAUCGUAGCCAUGAUUAUCAUGGCUGAAGCAACGUUUCUACCAUGGAGCUGGAAUAUUGAUGAUUUUAUCGCUAUUUUCCCGCUGGGGGUUAUGUGCGCUAGUCAUUUGUUGUUGCCUGUGGCGUUGAAUCCGGAGAUGAUGACGUUUAGUUGGUAAUAGAGGAUGGUUUGGAAGAUAUGCGUGAUGUCUUGUAGUUGAAUUUUUGGUUGGCAUGGAUUCCGCGUGUUGGUUCGGACGUUCUUUAUAUUUAAAUACCUACCUACCUGGGUACUAGCUGGAUGGUGUAUUUAGUAUGCUACUUACUUACUAUACUCAUCUCGUGUGGAGGAUGAAGGUACAAAUUUAAUGGAUGGUGAUAGACUGGUGGGGUUAAAGUACAUAUUUUCUGCUAUAUAAAAUACCACUA